AUGUCGUAUUGGGACCGAACGAUCGUCCAACGGAACACAAAAUCCAACCUCAAGAAUGAUGUCGAACUGGAACAGGAUGAUUGGAUGAUUCAAUACAAAUGCGAAUCCACAGGAACUGUUGUCGAGUGCGGACCGGAUGAUUGGAUGAUUCAAUACAGAUCCAAAGCCACAGAAACUGUUGUCGAGUGCGAAGCCGAAGAAACCCUCCUUAAUUCCGAGCCCCUGCUCUGUAUCUUCGAGAGAAUGCCGUAUGAAAUCAGGCAAAUGGUAUUUGUCUGUUGCGGGAGGAGCGCCUUCUGCUCAGCCGGUCAAGGUCCAGAUCUAUUGCAAGCACUUCGAGGGCAGCCACGAUCUUACAGACACGCCUUACGAAUAUUUGAGCGGCUGAACAGUUAUGAACUUGAAGCAAGGCUAAAAAAUGAUGCAUUGGGUGAAGAUCAUCUAGUUGAUGAGAUGACUAGACUCAUGUCAGUCAAUCAAGAAGAACCAAGUCCUUUCCCCCAUUUAGGUUUGGACCUGGCUUUAUAUGGCUGUCUCCUUCAGAAUCAAAAACAGCAUGGUGACUUUUGGGCGUCGACCCCGGAAACAGUCAUAUCUGAUCUUGUCAGAGAACUACACAAUGCUAGUUGUACUCGAGACGUAAGUCUUUCCUAUGAGACGAGCUUGCCAAAUAAAUUGAGCUCCCGCAUUAUUACCUGUCAAAACGAUCAAGGGGAUUGGACAUUCCUCAAAAAUUUUCUUUCUCUCGUUCCAUGUCGUAAUCUUACAAGGGUGAUAGUUCCAUUACCAAAUCCGAAAAAUUACCUUGGCAGUUCGACUCCUAUUGAGUACAGCUAUCAUGGAGAAGAUUCUUGCCUUAGAAACCGUGCAAAACAAGAUUCACUGGCAUUAGCGGUUAUUGAGAAUAUUGAUAAGAAAUUGGGCGUCCAAGGAGUCAUUCUAGGCAGGUCGAAAGAUAGUUUGUCGGGGUUUUGCAUGUGGGAAGCUCCUAAAGGACAGCAUAUGGAUUGGAGCCAGAAUCUAAUAGAACCAUGGGCUCUACGAGGUGGCUUCGGGAAGACUUUUCUUGACCAGGAAAACAACUCUUUCGAGCUUAAGGAGUGUACACAUAAUGGGAGGCUCCUUAUGAGGAAUUCAUACGAGGCGGGGUCGGCGGGAUGUCCACCGGAGAUGGGAAAGAAGGUAUCUGAUUGGUUGUGUAAGACAGGAGAAUAUUGCCGUCCAUGA